GUGAUAAGUUCAGAAACAUGAGUGAGGAGAAGAAGGCGAUUGUGAGGGAUCUCGAAUUCGGUGGGUUGAUGCACAUCCCACCACUGAGGGUGGAUCACCAACUGUUAAGGGAGCUGGCAAACAACUUCAAACUUGGGGAGAACAGACUGAAAAGAGGAUAUGGUUCUUUCCAAAUAACACCAAAAACAAUAGGUCAUGCGCUUGGCAUCAAUGCAACAGGAGAUCUAUUUCUUGAGAAAGUUGAGUAUAAGAAACUUUCUGAUGAUGACAAAAUAAUUUUUAGAAGAUUCCAGGGUAAGACCCUCAAAAGUCUUACCGAUGAAAUGAUGGAAAUCGGCGUUGGCAACGAAGAGGAACGCCUGAUGUUCAAGAGGAUAUUCAUCCUCUAUAUACAGAUGGCCUUCCUUUUGCCAACGACGAUAAACAAAAUAUCAUUUGUGCACUUGGCCCCAAUUUUUAAGAUGGACGGCAUAUCGGAGAGAAACUGGGGGGGGCAUGUUUUGACCUUCAUGGUCAAGGGCAUCACAGACUACAAGGAGAAAAAGAAGAAGACAAUUGAUGGCUGCCUCUUCGCCCUGAUGAUAAUUUACUUUCAUCUUUCAAAAAACAAAGGCAAGAAGAGGGCUGAAAGACCACCAAAGCCCUGGAUUGCCAACUGGACUAAGGAGGAGUUGGUGGAAAGAAUGACUGCAGAAAGAGAGGAAAUUUUGGGGAUUGUGAAGAUGGCGGAGACAAGAGCAAGAGAAAAAAUGAAAAAAAAGGAAAAAAAAGAAAAAAAAACAAGAAAUCAAAAAAACAAAAAAAAGGAAGGCGAGUUCAACAUCGUCUUUGGAGACAGAAACAACUACUGACAGUGACACUUCUACCUCUAAGUCUGAGACUCAAGAAGACUCAGAGGAUUCAGGAAGAAAACACCGCAGCAAAAAGGGG